UAUGCUGGAGGACGUUCCAUUCAUCUAUGUGAACUAGGCUGGACAGUAACGACGUCUGACUAGUGCUUUUGGUGUGGGAGUGAGUGUAUUUUUGAGACAUGGAAGCUGAAAUCCUGAAUUCCUCAAAUGAAGCCGUCAGCUUUGGUGGACAAAGUGCCUUCUCACAACUGGAACACAACAUUGUUGCUGGAUACCUCAUUGUUGCAUGUGUGAUCAGUUUGUCCAGUAACCUUGUGGUGCUGAUUAUGUUUGUAAAGUUUAAAGAACUGCGUAAUGCCACUAAUGCCAUCAUCAUUAAUCUGGCUUUCACUGAUGUUGGAGUAGCAGGUAUUGGUUACCCCAUGUCUGCUGCUUCUGAUCUGCAUGGCAGCUGGAAAUUCGGGUACACUGGUUGCCAGGUCUAUGCUGCCUUGAAUAUAUUCUUUGGGAUGGCCAGCAUUGGGCUGCUUACUGUGGUAGCCAUUGAUAGAUAUAUAAGCAUCUGCAGACCUCAUAUAGGCCAGAAGAUGACGGCACACUCAUAUACACUGUUGAUUAUGGCUGCAUGGCUCAAUGCAGUGUUCUGGUCUGCCAUGCCAAUCGUGGGUUGGGCUGGAUAUGCUCCUGAUCCGACUGGAGCCACAUGCACCAUCAACUGGAGGAACAAUGAUGCGUCCUUUAUCUCCUAUACAAUGGCUGUGAUUUUUGUUAACUUUAUCAUACCACUGUCUGUCAUGUUCUAUUGCUAUUACAAUGUUUCGGUCACCAUGAAGAGGUACAAAGCAAGCAACUGCCUGGACAGAAUUAACAUUGAUUGGUCAGACCAGAUAGAUGUGACUAAGAUGUCUAUCGUGAUGAUUGUGAUGUUCUUGGUGGCCUGGUCUCCAUACUCUAUUGUGUGUCUUUGGGCAUCAUUUAGUGAUCCUAGAAAGAUUCCUGCACCAAUGGCCAUCAUCGCCCCACUCUUUGCAAAGUCCUCCACAUUCUACAAUCCCUGCAUCUAUGUUAUCGCCAACAGGAAGUUCAGAAGAGCCAUCAUGGGUAUGUUGCGAUGCCAGACCCGACGACAUGUCACCAUCAACAACCAAGUUCCUAUGACGAUCUCACAAUUGCCUCUUAACCAGUGACCUACGAUAAUAUUUACAGAGCCCAUCAUGUCCUCUACUCAGCGCUGGCUGCUGAUAUUUCCUUGCAUUGUUAUAGCACCAUAGGAUCUGAUGUAGAUUGUUUGCUACUAGACGUACUGUAAGUUAAACAUUGCCAUUUUUUAAAAAAACUGAGUUUCAGGGUGGAAAUUAAUUUUGCCUUAUCACUAUAGAAAUGUCUUGACACAAAAGAAAUAAAAUUAUUUGUAGGUUGUGAUCAUAUGAAUGA